AUGACAACUGAAGUUGGCUCAGAGACUGAGGUAAAGAAAGAUUCUGAGCAGCUGGGACCAGACAAAGCCAAGGACAAGCCUGAAGAAGCAUCAGAGACUCCAGAUAAUCAAAAGUCCAGGGAAACAUCCUCUGAAGAAGCUCAAGAUCCUUCCUCUGUUCCAGCACCAACUAGCCAAAGUAGUCCGAGUAGCCAGAAGAAGGAAAAAGCUUCACCUGAAAGCAAGGGUAUUUCUCGUUUCCUUCCCCCCUGGCUUAAGAAACAAAAAUCUUACACCUUGGCAGAGCCCAAAGAUGAGACCAAGAAAAGGACCACAGGGGAAGAACAAGUAGUUGAAGAAAGUGAAAGCCAGACAGCAGAGGGGGUGGCUCAUCCAAAAAAGAGCAUAGAAGAAGCAGCGGCUGAAAAUCAGCAUAAUGCUAAAGCAGACAACAAAGAAGAAAAACACUCUGUUAGUAGUGCUGAAACACAGCCUGCCAAAGAAGAUGGUAAAGAGACAGAAGUAGAGAAAGUUGCAGAGGAAAAGGAAGAAAAACAAGAAGAAAAAGAAAAAAGGGAGACAAAAGAAGUGCAGACAGCUGAAAUCAAAACAGAAAACAUUCCUCGGAAGUCUCCCAAGAAAAUUAAAACUGUGCAGUGUAAAGUGAUGCUUCUGGAUGGCACGGAAUACAGCUGUGAAUUAGAGAAAAGAGCAAAAGGCCAAGUGCUGUUUGACAAAGUGUGUGAACAUCUCAAAUUACUGGAAAAGGACUAUUUUGGGCUGUUGUUUUAUGAGAAUUCAGAACAGAAGAACUGGCUAGAUUCUUCGAAGGAAAUUAAGAGACAAAUUCGAAGUUUACCUUGGAUAUUCACCUUUAAUGUGAAGUUUUAUCCCCCUGAUCCUUCACAGUUGACUGAAGACAUCACUAGAUAUUUCUUGUGCCUACAGCUUCGUCAGGAUAUUGCUUCUGGUCGACUGCCAUGUUCUUUUGUGACACACGCCCUCCUUGGUUCAUAUACACUGCAGGCUGAGCUGGGUGAUCAUGACCCAGAGGAGCACCGCAGUGACUAUAUCAGUGAAUUCCAAUUUGCACCCAAUCAAACUCAAGAAAUGGAAGAGAAGGUAGCUGAGCUACACAAAACACACAGGGGCUUGACUCCAGCUCAGGCGGAUUCCCAGUUCCUAGAAAAUGCUAAGAGACUCUCCAUGUAUGGAGUGGAUUUACAUCAUGCCAAGGAUUCUGAAGGUGUGGAUAUCAUGCUGGGUGUAUGUGCUAAUGGACUGCUCAUUUACAAAGAUAGACUCCGGAUCAACCGCUUUGCUUGGCCAAAAAUUCUGAAGAUUUCCUAUAAGCGAAGUAAUUUCUACAUCAAAGUCAGGCCAGCAGAACUGGAACAGUUUGAGAGCACUAUUGGGUUCAAACUGCCAAACCAUCGGGCUGCUAAAAGGUUAUGGAAGGUUUGUGUGGAGCACCAUACUUUCUUCAGACUUCUAUCACCAGAACAGCCUCCAAAAGCAAAGUUUCUAACCUUGGGUUCCAAGUUCCGCUACAGUGGACGUACACAAGCGCAGACACGACAGGCUAGCAGUCUCAUAGACAGACCGGCUCCGUACUUUGAACGCACUUCAAGCAAACGUGUUUCCAGGAGCCUUGAUGGAGCUCCCAUGGGUAUCUCAGAUCAAAAUCUGCUAAAAGACUUCCCUGCUGCUGGAGGGCAGGCAGCUGGGGAUAAAAUCAUUGACAUUGAAGCUGCUGGUCAGGCCAAGUUAAAAGAAGGCGGCAGAGAAGAAGAUGAAAGCCCCAUCAAAACUCCGCAAUUAGAAUUGACUCAGGAUGGAAAGAGCAAUUCCUUGAGAGUAGACGGGGAAAAUAUUUAUGUCAGACAUAGCAAUUUAAUGUUGGAGGACCUGGAUAAGACCCAGGACGACUUACUGAAACACCAGGCUAGCAUUAGUGAGCUCAAGCGCAAUUUCAUGGAAUCAACACCUGAACCACGCCCAAAUGAGUGGGAAAAGCGGCGUAUCACACCUCUGUCCCUACAGACACAAGGGAAAAAAAGAGACCACAUUUUCCAAGUGAAAACGCUGCCUGGGAAGGAGAAGCAAUGGACCGCAAUGCCAUGGAUUGCUGGAGCAAAACCAGAGGAAACUGAUAAG